AUGACUCGUGAGCGCACACCUGACUAUGUUUGGGCCUUGGAGUGCAUGAAGUCUCUGCUUGCUGACCCUGCCCGAUUACCUGGAGUGAUUGUGACUGAUAGGGAAUUGGCUUUACUCAGUGCGGUUCGGAAUAUUUUUCCUGGGGCUAUCCAUUUAUUAUGCCUAUUCCACAUAAACAAUAAUGUUGAGGCAAAGUGCAAAUUGCUUGUUUCAUUUUUGUAUGCAUUUGAUAGACUUGUUUCAUUUGAUAGGCUUGUUUCAUUUUUGUAUGCAUUUGAUAGACUUGUUUCAUUUGAUAGGCUUGAUAGACUAGCUUCAUACUUGUGCGAUUCAUGGGAAGCAGUGGAUAGGUUGACCAUUGUACGCCACAAUGCAAUACAAGCAUCGUUUGAGCGCAGUAUUAACAUUGUAGAACACCGCUUCAAGUCUCCAAUGUAUAAGAAUAUGAGAGGAUUCGUUGCUAAACAUGCCCUUCAGCUAAUGUACGAUGAACAAAACAGAUUUUGGGGUCAUGGUGAGAAACGCGGUUGCUUGAUGAAAGUCACUCAUGGACUACCUUGCGCUUGUGCACUUCAGAGUUUAUCUUCAAUUCCGUAUGCAACAGUGGAUCCAUUCUGGAAGAUACUUUCUUGGGAACAAGUACCUGUUGUGGAGAGUCAAACCUCAAACAGUGGAUGCAUGCCGCCAGAGAUUGAGGCCUUGAUUACUCAUUUCAAUACCUUGGAUGAUGCAGGCCAAAGUAUGCUGAGAAGGAAGCUUAAAGAGCUUUAUUGUCCUCAAAUCAGUUCAUUGUGUCCUCCUGAAGUGAAGAAGAUAAAGCACAAUCAAUCGUCCAAGGAGAGGAAAACCAAACCUCCUAGAGGUCAAUCAAUAGGAUCCACCCAGCGUGACCUUUCACAUUGGGAACAUGUUGACAAUCAAACCAAAGAACAAGAAGCGAAAGCUAGCAAGAGGAAACCUAGGCUCACCAAAACUCCUAUAACAACUAUUCAGUCCUCAACUCCAAAAUCACAAGCUCCUAAGUCAAAGAACAAGAAGGCUAUGAAGACCACCGGGGCCACCACCAAAAUCUACUUACCGGAGUUGCCAUCUUUUUUAUGGCAAUAUAUACAUGAAGUGAUAGAUGUUGUCGGGGAUGGUAAUUGUGGAUACAGAGCCGUCGCUACAUUGCUGGGCCUUGAGAACGGUCAGGACGGUUUGCCUUGGGUUAGGGAAGAGCUGAUUGCAGAACUCACAUUCUAUGAGAAACAUUAUACAUGCAUGUGGGGUUAUGAUGUGGUACAGGCCAUGCACCUUCGUCUCACUCUCCCUCCUGAGGGUAGAGCCACUGAAGACAAAUGGAUGCAUCUACCGGAGAUGGGGUACCUUAUUGCUAAUCGGUUUCGGGUGGUUUUCAUCUCCAUCUCGUUAAAAUCUAGUUACACAUACCUUCCGAUGAGAGGAAGCGCUCCACCGUUAGAACAUCCUGUCGUGGCUGUUGGUCAUAUGACCAAUCACUUUGUACAGCUGAAGUUGGUGUCUGGACAUCCUAUGCCGCCAAUUGCUCUCCAAUGGGAAUUCAACGUUGUAGAACCCGAGUCCGAAUGGUGUAGACCAUAUGAAGAGCGUUUGGAAAGAUUUAUGGCUGAACACACUGUUUGGAUUGGUCGUCAUGUUCCUAGCAAGAAUGAUUACAUAGACAUAACAAAAGAUUGA